CUGGCUGCGUUGCUGCGUUAGUCAUAGAUGUCUCGGCAGAAAACAUGCAGAGGUGGCCCAAAACCCCUUUACAGGGGCUGACUGCAGGUGUGUGCAGGUUUGAGCCUCUUCUCUGGGUGGGCAGAGAAAGUCCCCAGAGACUUUGGGUUAUUACAGAAAAGAAUUAGCCUUAACUUUGGAAGAACAAGAUAUCAAAAUUCCUAUGCUUGAUAAUUAAAAAUUCUCACCUGCUGUUUGGGAAGUGGAUGGUAGUUUUAACAGCUGAAUUUGAAUUAAUGCAAAGCCACAUGUUAUUCCUUAGCACUUUGUCCAAAAAGAAGAAAUCACCACUAAGAGCAGCAACUUGCAGAUUGUCUCUUCCAGUCUGGUUAGGCAGGAACGAUGGAGACUGCUGAUGGAGAAAACUUGGGUGUAGCCACCUCCACCCCUUCUCACGAGGAGUUUGAUAUAGUUGUUGGCUAUCUGGAAGAUAUCAUCAUGGAUGAUGAUUUCCAGUUAAUACAGAGGUCUUUUCUGGAGAAGCACUACCAGGAGUUUGAUGACUCAGAAGAAAAUAAGCUCAUCUAUACUGACAUUUUUAAUGAAUAUAUCUCUUUAGUAGAGAAAUACAUUGAAGAGAAGCUGCUCGAUCGCAUUCGGGGGUUUGAUAUGGUUGCUUUCACAGUGUCCUUGCAACAACGCAAAGAUGAAAUGCCAGGUGAUAUAUUUGAUCUGCUUCUCACAUUUACGGACUUCCUGGCUUUCAAAGAGAUGUUCUUGGAAUACAGAGCUGAAAAAGAAGGUCGAAGUCUGGACUUAAGCAGUGCGUUAGUGGUGACUUCAUUAAACCAUUAAACAAGUC